AUGAUCCAAGGCCUGAUGGACCCGUCGGACGCCUUCUCUUCUUCCACAGCUGCUGCGUUUCCACCCACUUCCACAUCUGCCAGCUCUGGUUUCGCCUCUCCUUUCACCAGUACUGCAGGGAACACGAUUUCGCACACCUCGUACAAGACCUUCCCGACGGGUGGCCAAUUCGCGAGCACAGCAGAGGGCUCGACGAUCCGACCGUAUUUUGUGUAUAACUGCAACUUGCAAGACGCCACGUCGAUGACGAUGUCGGUGCGCAACUCGCAGAGGGCGACCUCGGGUAUGGGAAAGCGACCGCGGUCUCCUGAGAGUCCGGGAGACAGGCCUUCGAAACGCCCCUCACUGGCAGCCCACAUCCAGCAAAGGUCCAUCGCCGGCGCGGGCGCGGGAUUUAGGCAUUUGAGCGCUGGCGCGAGUUCCACGAACAGCAGUCGCCAUCCGUCGGAAGACUGGGUACAGCAGGCGGGCGGGCUGAGCAUCGAUAGCCCGAACUUCGUGGCACCGGGCGUGUUCCCGUCUGCCACUUCGCAGGCUGGGGACUUUGAUAUGGAUAUGGCAGUCGAGGAGGAGCAGGACGCGUCAAGUGUGAAUAUAGGUAUGGGCAUGACAGAGGGCCCUGUAUCGCAGCUUGCACCUCUCCAAACCAACGGGUUUGUGCAGAGCGUGCAGCAGCACAUCCAAGAACCUGCAACACCCCAUCGCCACCACUACGGUACUCGCUACGCCGAGCGGCUACAAGCCUCCCUCGGGCCACCCCAGAUCAACGUCGUCCCCGCCACUCCCGUGAACGCGCCUCUCCACCAAACCCAACAGCAAAACGCCGCCCAAGCACCAGGCCAGCCCGAGAUACACGCCGGACAAUCCGGCCCGGACCCAUUUAGGGUCGGAAGCGAGACGCGUCCGUCAACGCCACCUCCAUCGGAUUCGAGCCCCACUCCGAUGGCGAUUUCGCCGACCAUCUCGUUUGCUCAGAUAUCGUCGGCGUCUAUGAGCAUGAGCAUGAGCCCUGCUACGCCGACGGCGGCAAAGAGACGCGUGAUGUUUGGGCCCAGGACCGGGUGUGAAAAGUGCAGAAUGGGGAUCAAGCAUUUUACGCAUUAUGAGUGA